UUUCCAAACCCUUCCAUUUCGAAAGGGUGUUCACAGAAGCAAUUCUUCUCAUGCGACGAAUUGCAAAUUCCGAGUGCAGAUUUUGAGAACUGCAAUCAGGGACGAUGGCUAUGGCCUCUCAAGCUCUAGUGUCGUCGACCUUCGCGAACGUCAACUCCGCGAAGGAUGUGUCUUUCUCAUCGGCCUUCUCGCCGUCGUCUCUUCGCUGCAAUGACGCAAUGCCAAGGAUGACUGUAAGUCGGGGAAUUCGAGUUGCGAGUUGUGCUGUGGAGUCGUUGGAGAAGGAGAAAACAUCUUACGCCACUAAGGUUACGCGAAAUGCCAACUUCGCGAAACUUCAGGCUGGUUACCUUUUUCCCGAGAUUGGAAGAAGACGUGCUGCACACAUUGCGAAGUACCCAGAUGCCAAGGUCAUCAGUCUUGGUAUUGGAGACACAACUGAACCGAUCCCAUCGGUCAUCGCCGAGGGAAUGAAAGCCAAAGCUCAAGCAUUGAGCACCUUGGAAGGUUACUCUGGUUAUGGUGCUGAGCAGGGUGAAGGGAGUCUUCGAGCUGCCCUUCAGAAAUUCUACCUAAAGCUCCACCCCGAUACAGGUGUCAAGGCAAGUGAGGUUUUCGUUUCAGAUGGAGCUAAAUGCGACAUUGCAAGGCUUCAGAUGAUGUUUGGAGCUGAUGUUACGAUUGCUGUGCAAGAUCCUUCCUAUCCGGCUUAUGUAGACUCCAGCGUGAUGAUGGGUCAAACUGGUGGCUAUGAAGCAGAUUCACAGCAGUAUAAUAAAAUUCACUAUAUGAAAUGUACACCGGAGAACGACUUUUUCCCUGACCUGGCGUCAGCUCCCCGCACAGACAUUAUCUUCUUUUGUUCUCCAAACAACCCUACAGGGGCGACUGCUACCAAGAAGCAAUUGGAGGAGCUGGUAGCUUUUGCAAAGAAGAAUGGAUCCAUCAUUGUCUAUGACGCUGCAUAUUCAAUCUACAUAUCCGAUGAUUCCCCCAAGACCAUAUACGAGAUUCCCGGUGCUAGAGAGGUCGCUAUUGAGAUCUCCUCAUUUUCGAAAUUUGCUGGUUUCACCGGAGUAAGGCUGGGAUGGACUGUUGUUCCUGAGGAGUUGCUGUACGCCGAUGGAUUCCCUGUUAUUAAGGACUUCAACCGCGUAAUGACUACUUCCUUCAACGGAGCAUCCAACAUUGCCCAAGCUGGGGGUCUGGCUUGUCUUUCCGAUGAUGGUUGGAAGGCAAUGGAGGAGCUUGUCGCUUUCUACAAAAAGAACGUUGAGAUCAUUGUGGAGGCUGUGACCUCUGUAGGGUUAACUACAUACGGAGGCAAGAACGCACCUUAUGUUUGGGUUCACUUUCCCGGUCAAAGUUCGUGGGAUGUUUUCGCCAAAAUUUUGGAGGAGGCCCAUAUUGUUACAACCCCAGGAAGUGGAUUUGGACCUGGAGGAGAAGGUUUUGUUAGGAUCAGUGCUUUUGGACACAGGGAAAACAUUGUUGAGGCUGCCGAGAGAUUGAAGAAAUUGUUUGGUUAGAAUAUUCUCGCCACCAAUAUAUCCGACGAGUUGAUGUCCGAUAGAGUUGUCAUACAGGAGAUCUGAGAAGCGUUUUCAAAAUUCUAGGGGUUUCGGGUUCACUAUUAUCUUGUGUCGUUGUCAACGAAGGUGGUGACAACUAGACAAUUGUUCGAGACUUGAUUGAUCUUGACAUAUUUAUUACCUUCCUGGGAAGGUUUUUGUAGCUCAUCAAACGUGAAUGUGGCGAAGGAUGAUAUUAGUUAGGGUGUAGAAGAGGUAGCGCCAAUGCUAUUUUAGAUACGGAAUCCAGAUUUGUAAGGGUACGAGAAGGAAAUAUAUUCUACCGCGACAUCUUAUCGAUAAAGUGG